GGAACUUAUCCAAAUUUUUGGAACUUAUAAAAAUUUGAAAUGACGCAGAUUAUCUGCCACUUACGACCCGUUUCUGCAUGUCCCGGAUGUAGCUCUAGACAGGUCCAUUCUGUGAACAAGGCUAACGAAGUUCAGAAAAACUGCAUCAUUCACAAAUCAAGACCAUGAAAGUACACACGCGAAAACACACAAAAUCACACGCACUCACGACCACACACACAAGCACAGACAUGGCGAAGUGACUUACUAACCUGAUGAAACUGUUCACGGGCCUGGCCAUGGCUACGCCAGUCUUCUCAAACCAAUGUGUAUAUUCUGUAUGCCCGAGAACUCCAGGUCAGUACGCGUUCGUGUGGGACCAGGCCGUUCUGGAACAUGCCGUACGAACAGACCCAGACUGUCGGCUCACAGUCGUACGACAGUCGGACCAGAUAAGGGGUUAUGGCAUCGCUUUCCCACAGGGACACCCACUAAAGGACCAAGUCUCCCUGGCCAUUCUCCAGCUACAAGAAAACGGAAGGUUAGAGGAAUUGAAAGAAAAAUGGUGGCCACGGCACGGCAGGUGCAUGCUGGGUAAACGCCAUAUUUCCAAGUCAUCAUCUCUCAGUCUGAGGAAGUUUUCCGUGGUCUUCUGUCUGUUGGCUGGUGCCAUUUUCCUGGCCUUUCUUGUGGCGGGGCUAGAAAGAGUGAUCCGGAGAAGGAGACAUAGGGAAAGAAGGUCAUCCACUUCUGAGAAGAGCGCCACCGGUCCCACGCCCUCUUCUGUCACCGUGACGUCAGAUGCGAGCGGGGAUCUUCACAUCGUAGUGGUGCCGUCACUCAGGCUGGCGGCGUCUCAGCAACAGGGCGGGGCCGACAAGAGACAGGCCACGAUUUACACCGACAUCUCUGAGGCGGCAGAUUCAGCUGAAAAUUUAAAGGACCUUACGAUACCUCUGUGAGGUGUCUUAAAAUCAAACCAUUUAUAGUUCUCAGUCAGUGCGAUUUCACUCCUUCUGUAAAAGCCCGUAUAAUGACCGCAAUAGAAGUGAUUUCAUCAUACUCGUGUAAAAAGAAAUGCAAACAGGACUAGAGAGAUAUUUUCUCUUGUCUAAGUGCAGUUAUCGACAGAAUUGUAUCAAAACCAUAUAAUAGCACAGCUGCUGCAAUACUUGAAGCUUCAGAUCAAUCUAAAUCCUCAGAUGAUAUUUCAAAUCAAAACGUGGAGUUGAAAGUUCAUCUGUGUUUGUAAAGUCAUCUUGGAUCAGAGAUAAACUGUACCUUACAAUAAAUGAACUGGCCCAAAUUUUCGAUUAACCAUCUCCAGUCUUUGUCAAGGAAUGAGCUAUCAACUGCAAAUUGUGGUACAUGGUGGUCCCGUCAAUGCAGCUAGGUGUCGCCGCAAACAAUGUGGUCCCAAACACAAAGAAUGGUCAUAUACAAGCACUUUUUAUGCGAUCCCAAACACAAAAUAUUGACAUAUAUACUAGGAUAAUCAUUGUGUUGUUUAUGAAGAAAUGAACUUGUUAUCCAGUGGUUAUUCAAUCUUAUCAAAUCAUUUACGGACAUAUUGUUAGCUAUUUCGACUGAGGCUGUUUCAAACAGAC